AUGGGUAUGGGCGGCCUGGGAUGCGCUCUGGCCCUCGCCAAGAAAGGCUUCCAAGACAUCACCGUCUAUGAGAAUGCUUCAAAUCUGGGUUUUGUGGGCGCUGGAAUCCAGCUGGCCCCAAAUAUGAACCGCAUCCUCGACCGGCUAGGGUGCUGGCAGGAGAUAUACGCAGAAGCCACCAAUGUCAAGGAGACAAGUAUAAGGCAGGGCAGCACAGAUCAGGAACUAGCCCACGUCGAGAUGCCCGAUGUCGAGGACAAGUACGGGUACCCACACUGCACGGGACAUAGGUCGUCCCUUGCCGGUGGCAUGUACAACGGCUGCAAGAAGGAGCCCGCCAUCCGCUUCAGCUUCUCGUCACAGAUCGCCAGCAUCGACUCGUUCGGGCCACGGCCCACGUUCACGGUCCAGCCGCGCGAUGGGGAGGCCUACCAGGUCGAGGCAGAUAUCAUCCUAGCCGCCGACGGCAUCAAGUCCACGACGCGGCGCGCCAUCCUGUCGCACCUGGGUGAGGAGUUUGGCGAGGCAGACACGGGCCAGGCCGCGUACCGGAUUAUGCUGAAGCGCGAGGACAUGCAGCACGACCCGGAGAUGAUGGCCUUACUGGAUAGCGACUGCGUGGUGCGGUGGAUCGGCGAGAAGCGCCACAUUAUCGCCUACCCCGUCGCCAACAAGACCAUCUACAACCUAUCCAGCGCUCAGCCCGACGACAACUUCGCAAAGGGCAUCUCGGCCACCUACACCACCAAGGGCUCCAAGCCCCAGAUGGUCAAAGUCUUCGAGGACUUCUGCCCCCUGGUGCACCGCAUGCUAGACCUGGUGCCUGACGGCGAGGUGUGCGAGUGGAAGCUGCGGCAGCACCGGCCGCUGUCGACGUGGAGCCUGGGGUCAGUGGCGCUGCUGGGCGACGCGUGCCACCCGACGCUGCCGCACCUGUCGCAGGGCGCAGCCAUGGCCAUCGAGGACGGCGCCGUGCUCGCCGAGGUACUGAGCCGCGUGCCGGACACGCGGCCACGCACAAUCAGCCGCGCCCUCAAGGCCUACGAGGUCCUGCGCAAGGACCGCUGCACCACCCUCGUCGACAUGGCCGCCUACUCGGGCCGCCAGCUGCACCUGGGCGAGGGCGCCGCCCGCGAGGAGCGCGACCGCCAGUUCCGCGAACACCGCGACAAGAAGGGCGCCGUCCCGGACAAGUGGGCCAGCCCGGACGUGCAGGCGAUGAUCUACGGCCACGACUGCGUCCGGGACGCGGCCGAGAAGUUUGAUGGGAUUUUUACAGGUUUUGAUACCAACGGGGUCAACGGCGUCAAUGGAGUGAAUGGCACAAAUAGCGCCCUCUGA